CUGACCUCACUUUGAGAGGAUGUAUUAAGCUUAGUUUCAGUCGGGUUUACAGACACAUCUUUGGGUUGAUUCGAAGAGGAGCGAUGUAUUCAAACACUGUAAGACAGCAUUCUGAGAGAAAAAUGUCAUCUGAUGAAUCCUAUUCAUGUGAUGAAUUCUAUUCAUCGGAUCAAUCCCGUUCAUCUUACUCGCCAUUCAAGCUCCUGGUUAAGCCUGCAUCAGCCGAAAACACACUGGUGCCUGAAUAUUGGGAGAGUACCAUUGGUUUCUGGAAUAAUGGGGUCAGGGUAUCAGGAAGGUCCAGGUGCACAUCUUCAAAUGACACAUUUGAAUGUGAGCCUCCUGCCACGCCUCUGAAGGAUGAUGCCAGCAAGAACGUCCUGGUUAAGCCUGCGUCCGUUGAAAACACACUGGUGCCUGAAUAUUGGGAGAGUACCAUUAGUUUCUGGAAUAAUGGGGUCAGGGUAUCAGGAAGGUCCAGGUGCACAUCUUCAAAUGACACAUUUGAAUGUGAGCCUCCUGCCACGCCUCUGAAGGAUGAUGCCAGCAUUAACUUCCAAUCAGACGACAGCACUCCAGUUCUCCAUAUUUUCCCAUCAGACAUUAUCCUGGUUAGUCCUGCAUCAGCCGAAAACACACUGGUGCUUGAAGACUGGGACUGUGCGGAUAGUCUCUGGAAUGAUGGGGUCAAGGUAUCAGGAAGAUCCAGCUUCACAUCUUCAAAUGACACAUUUGAAUGUGAGCCUCCUGUCACGCCUCUGAAGGAUGAUGCCAGCAUUGACUUCCAAUCAGACGACAGCGCUCCAGUUCUCCAUAUUUUCCCAUCAGAUUUUGAUUCUGUGUCAAUUGAAAGUACACUGGUGCUUGAGGAUUGGGAGAUCAUUAGUUUACAGUCUGAGCAGGACAACGUGUCCUUGACAUCUGAGGAGUCACUCACACAUGAAGACCCUGGGAAGAAGAAGAAGAAGAAGAAGAAGAAGAAGAAUUGCAUGCGACACUUCUUCUCUUGGAUGAGGAAGACCUUCUGCUGCUGUGUUGCCUGCGUUGAUGAUGAUUAGGGAAGUGUGAAUCUUCUUAGUCUUCAUCAGGUUUUCUCCGGGUUGCUCCGGUUCCCCUGUCAUUACGUUUGUAAUAUGAAAAAAAAAGUUCAACAGGCAACUCAAAGAAGCAGGAAUGUCUAAAUGACCAUCUCCUUUCUUUUCCCCUCCCCUUACUUCUUUUUCUGUCUUUUCACUCACGGCUCAUUCUCAGGCGACAUCGGGACGCUUCUUCCCUUGGAUGAGGAGGACCUUCUGCAGAACAGAAUUUCUGUUGUGUUUUCUUCUGUCCUCUCUAGGCUGGAACAGGUUUUCUCCGGGUUGCUCCGGUUCCCCUGAUGUUACAUUUGUAACAUGAAAAACAGCUAACCAGUCCACUGAAGGGAGCAGCGCGAACUAAAUCUCCAUCUCCUUGCUGUUCACCUCUCCUCGGACAAAGGAGAAGAAGAAGAUACAUAAUAAUAUGUAUCUGUUCUGUACAUGCGACAUCUAUUGCACGUCUGUCCGUCCUGGAAGAGGGAUCCCUCCUCUGUGGCUCUUCCUGAGGUUUCUUCCAUUGUUUUUUCUCCCCUGCUGAAAGGGGUUUUUUUUCUCAACAUGGCAAGUUUUUCCUCACUCGGAUCGAGGGUCUAAGGACAGAGGGUGUUGUUCACUGUUCAGACUGAAAAGCCCACGAGGCAAUGUGAUUUUGAUUUUUUUGGCUCUAUAAAUAAAAAUUCCUUUGAAGAAGAA